AGCAGUCAGUGACUCUCUGGCUGCGCACGUGGAGAGAAUACUAUCGCAGCUGCGGUUCCACGCGCGCUCAGGUCCACUUUAUGACUGCUUUUAUCGUGUUAUGUCGCGAGGCCAAUGCUGUCAGCAGCGGCACGUUUCACGCAUUUUUCCAGAGCCCUCGCGCGGAAGAAACAUUUUGUAAACCAAAAAACUUGCUGAGGAUGAGUCCCGCAUAACCUCGUGUGUUGUUGUUAUCUACCCCCUCCUUCCUUUUUCUUUUUCCCCUGACCCGCGCUCUCCAAGUUGAGUCAUUGUAUAUAAGUAUGGUAGAUAAAGGCCCCUUGUUGACUUCUGCCAUUAUUUUUUAUCUGUCCAUUGGGGCAGCAAUUUUUCAAGUCCUGGAGGAGCCCAAUUGGAAGCAGGCUGCAAAGCAGUAUAGUGCCCAGAAGGAUAAAAUACUUGAGGACUAUCCCUGUCUGACGAACGAUGAUUUGGACAGAAUAUUAGAGGUGGUGUCUGAUGCUGCAGGCCAAGGGGUCACUAUAACUGGCAGCAAGACCUUCAACAACUGGAACUGGCCAAAUGCUGUUAUCUUUGCCGCCACUGUUAUCACUACUAUUGGAUAUGGGAACAUUGCCCCUAAAACGUCAGCAGGCCGCGUAUUUUGCAUCUUCUAUGGGCUGUUUGGCGUGCCUUUAUGUCUCACCUGGAUCAGUGAGCUAGGAAAGUUCUUUGGUGGCAGAGCCAAGCAUCUGGGCCAGUAUCUAACCAAGAAAGGAUUUUCACUGAGAAAGGCUCAAUUUACCUGCACUGCUAUUUUUCUCCUCUGGGGUGUGCUGGUCCAUCUAGUCCUUCCACCUUUUGUAUUUAUGUCCCAAGAGGGUUGGACAUAUAUUGAAGGCUUGUACUUCUCAUUUGUCACCUUGACCACAAUUGGCUUUGGGGACUUGGUAGCAGGUGUGGAACCAAAUAAAGAAUACCCAACGCUGUACCGUUACUUUGUGGAGGUGUGGAUUUAUCUGGGGUUGGCCUGGCUUUCUUUGUUCUUCAACUGGAAAGUGCGGAUGGUGAUUGAGGCCCACAAGGCCCUGAAAAAACGGCGCAAGUUGCGCAAGCUAUCUCUUGAUGAGCUCCGGCACUACAAGGAGUCUCACAAGGCUGCCCUUAGUUUGCCUCCCAGUCCUAAUGACGUCAACAUCUUCGGCUUCCUGUCCAAGAAGCAGGAAGGCUACAAUGACUUAAUCAAGCAGAUUGGCACCAAAAAGGAUGGCAGAAGUGACGGUGACCGUGCCACCACCAUCAAUAAAUCCAAAGAGAUUGGUCGCUCCCAGAGUUGCAAUGAUGCUCCCAUGUUUAAUGGUCACACCAUCCUCAGUCUGGACCGCUCACCACGCCAGAAGAGACGUUACAGUUUCAGUGACCGUGUCACCGUUGCUUUUUCAAAGUCUAAGAACUACCUCCUGGGCUCGGACAAUGGUUUGCUGCUAAAAGAGGACCAUGUAGAGGGUGACCUAGAACUUGACCAGGACCAAAUGUAUGAGAACCAGCUUGACAAGGACGUCGAUGUAGAGAACUUAGGAGUGGGGGGGGAUGGUGGAGCAGGUGGUCGAAGGACAUGGGACUCUAAAGAUUACCAUCCCCUCACAUUCCAAAACGCAAACAUUACUUUUAUAGAUGAGGAGAACUUUCUCAGCAACAACUUGGAGGAGGAAGAGGAGGAGGAGGAUGAAGACGACGAUGAUGAUGAUGAUUCUAAAGCGAAACUAUCCAUUACUACAUGUGAUGAAAACAUUGAAACAGACUCCAAGGAGGAACAAAGUUCUGAAUCUGAAGAGUCUGUGUUCACUAGUGACUGUUCAGAACAUGGCCACUCCUAUGAGAAACUCGUAGAGGAAUAUGCAAAGGAAGAAAAUACAGAAUCUUGAUCUUCUGUUACCGGGUGGGUUGGUAUUGAAGUAUAUGUGUUCUAAUAUAAUUUUUUUUUUUUUUAAAGAAUAUCAGAAGUCCCAUUGCCUUUUGGGGGUCUGAUAAUGGUAAUGAAUGACUCCAAAGCUAAGAUCAAAUUUCAAAUGAAUGUUCUGUUCUUAGCUGAGAAAUGAAAAUCCACAUCACUUUUGACUAUUUUUAAAAGCUUCUUAUAAACUCAUGAAAAAAUAUGUCCUACUUGUUAAAUAUGGACUACAGAGCAUGACAUGUAGCCCCAUGAGUAAUUUUUAACAUUUGCUCUAUUUAAGUCUUUUUUUACAGUUUAAGAAACUAUACGCACAUUUAUUGUAAUGCCCAAACAAAUAACUAUUUUUCAUGAGCGCCUUUUUCCCCCACUCAUCGACUGGUAAGACAUAUAUUUGAUUUAGUUUCUUCUAUGAACAUGCACCAUAUUGGUGUUUUUAUAAUAUUUAUUAAAAUGAAGGAUACAGUGGCUACAUGGGUUUAUAUGUCUCCCAUUGCACAAUUCUACCAAAUGAGGACAGUUCAAAGUCUAUUUUAGUGCAGAUUGUCUUUUUUAAAGGGCAUGUUUUUCUCCUUUGGUAUUUCAUUAGUUUCUUUUGUGAAGUCCUUGAUAACUUGUUGCGUCUAAGACUGCUGUGUAUUUUGACUUCAAGCAGUAGAACUGUGACUGGACCAGAGGCCAUCAGUGAUGCAUAGGCAACAUGUGGGAGUCUAGAACCAACUGAGAGGAAAAUCAUUUGUUUUACCAACAGAGAAGUAUUGUUGGCAAACUCUGAAUAUCCUGCCAGAGAGACACUCUAAACUAAGAUGUGUUUGCCUUUUUAAAAUAACUUUUUUGACUGCAAAAAAACCCCCAAUCUGCUUUGGAAAUUAUCUUCCCAUUGUGACAGCAGAUCAGAUUACACUCAAACUGAAGACAUGCUUUAUUGGUUUUUUGCUGGCAGCGUGUCAGGUAUAUGUGGUGUUAGGCUAUCUACCAGUACAUAAUGGGAACAAAACUUUCACAGCAACAAUAUUCUAACUUUUUAUCUCUUUCUCGUUAUUGUGUUUGCCCUGUAAAUAUUGGCUGAAAGCCCAUCAAUGGCCACAAACACAGCUUUGCUCAAGACAUGACCUUGCUACUCAUGUUUACCUUUGGGGGCUCGCACUGGCGUGAAUGACUGAAGUACCGCUUGUGACCGGCAGCCAAGGUUAACUUGUAACAGAUCAAUGCCCUCUUGACGUACAUUUCAGUCAUGAGACAUAAGGUCACCAGUGUUGGUGCUUUCAAUUACUGUAUUAUAUUUCUUCCUAAUUUCAUGUGAACACCAGUAAAAACUCAAGAGACCGAACAUUGAUUUUCACAGUCUCACUUUUAAAAGGGCACUUAGUUACCCUGCUCACCCACUGCCUUUUGCACUUUAACUUUUUGCAUGUUAACUUCUACAGUAAGACACAGUAAGAUGGCAGUGUUUGCAGUGUCACACAGGCCUACUUUGAAUUUAGAACCAGUUUCCUCAUUCAAGCCAGUUGGAUAAAAAUAUGGUCCAAUGUUUGUGUAUUUUUUUUUGUUUGAUUUUUGUGAACACAUGGACCACACCAUCCUAACUCCUAACCAAUGACUAUAAAGUGAAAAUACCUUAAAUCCACUGCAAAACAGAGGAUAUACAGUAGAAUGUCACAUCUACAGUAUUGAAUGUACUUGUAUUGAUUUAGUGACAAGGUCUAAUCUUUCACACUGGGUGUCUUUUCUGUUUUCUCCACCUCCCCCUCUUGUAUUUUGUCACAGGGCUACCACUUUCCACCACAUUCCUCUCUGUCAUUGUCAUUGGUUUUCCUUGAUGUGUUAGCAUAGCAUUGUUAUGCAUUCAUGGUACUUAACUGGACUGAAUUUCAAGCCUGUCUCUCUAGAGUGAUAUCAAAAGAGGUUAGGUGGGUUUAACCCAUUGUCCCAAGUUUUCACGGUGCUCCUGAUAGUUUAAAACUCCAUUAUAGUUGUGUUUUUAGUUGUCUUUUUAUGAUUAAAUUAUUCAUGUUUGUAAAAGUUUGUAUAUGAAUCCCAAACAAAAUUGUAUAUAUUUCAUGUAAAUAAACAUUUAAUAAAACUUAA